UGGGUUUCUUAUGCCAGGUUGGUAUGGUUUCAUUUGCAAUCCAGUAAUAAUAUGCAUUUUAUGCAACCCAGCUGCUGGAGGGCUACCAUUCUGCAGACUUCAUAAACCUUCUCCAAUACACCUGCCGGUUAUUUUCAAGUAAUCCUGAACACAUGGACUCCAUCUGAAAUUGCAUACUCUAAGUAUGCAUCUAUUGUGAAUAAGUAAUUUUUUAGACUGCUAAAAAAGUACAUUCUUAUGAAUGUAAUCCUAACUGUCCCCAACCAGCAUUACGUUACUGCCAUUCACAGAUCCUCUCCAGUGGCUUCAUGGGAUAGUAAAGUCCAUAUGUGCACUUCAGAAUCUCACUGUAAGCAGCAGGUCACCCAAGUGCUUUUUGCCAACUCUUAUGAGCACUGUAAAUUCAGACAUACUACUCUUGUCACAUACUGUUCCUUGUGCCUAUUAUGUAGUUGAGAAGUAUGCAAUUUUGGAUGCAGACCUGGAUUAGCCAGUUCAGGCAUGUUAAAUUAGGGUUGGAGCUAAACUCUGCAGGAUGGUAGCCUUCCUUGAGCAGGGUUGGCUACAACUAAACUACUUUCUUUUAGUUUUUUUAACACAAGCAUAGCCAUUUUUACUUUGAAAUGUGGAAGGUUUCCGGUGCCAGCUGCUUCCAGUUAUUUUAGCUGUACAAAAUGAGUCCAUUAUGCUGCUUGAUAUAGAAAACUGUUAUUUGCAAUCAUAUUUUAACUUAUAAACACUGCAGUGCAAAUAGUUUUUGUCUGUGGCACUUUACGUUUUGUUAUCUAUAGUGGCUAAUGAAUCAUAAGUCUCACAGAUUCACAUGAAAUGGUUUAAUUCUGUGUUGAUGGAUAGUGGAUAACUGGUGGAUAGUGAUAUCUAGUUCCAUCUGAAUCAAACUAAUUUAUAAAGCCUUAUUUUAUGGCAACAGCUAAACCAUAUAUUCAUAAUGUUUGCUUUUCCAUGUUUCAGGGGUUUUCUCAUAACAGUUAAUGAGAUGAAGUAAAUUUAAACAACAAACAUUUUUAGAAAAAAGAGGAUUUGCAUUUGAGUUUUAUGUAUUUUUUUUAAUGAACACUAAUGUUGUGCUUUUUGCCUGUAGCCUAUAAAUGUUUUUGCUAUACUGAUCACAUUAUUACUGCGACUGUAAUUUGAAAUGUGUAAUGUGCACAUAACAAAUAACCAGGUUUCUGUAGGCCUACAUUACAUGCAGCAUUAAGCAACUUAAUCAAGAUUUAAUUAUUUAUAUGAAGCAUAUUAAUAUGUAGAUUGUAUACAUUACAUGUAGUUGAUGCUUAUUCUAUUUUGUUUUCCCACAGCAUGCUGUUCACAAACAAUAGCCUUUAGAUGGACAAACUGUUUAUCAGCAUUCAGGCCUUUUUUGUUUUGCUUCACAGACUGUAGCUCAUUGUCAUGAGACCAUUUUUCCAGUUAAUUCAAACCGCAGUUAACAGCAAUAAGUCAAAUACAUUCUUGCCCACAACGACUUUUCAGACUCAUAAUCCACUGAAAAGAAGAUGCCACUAGAGGGAACUGCAGUACAACGGAUCCAGAAAAAAAAAAAAAAAGUAGGAAGAAGGAACUUAAGAAGAAGAGUGAUAAUGAACGGACAGAUGAAGAGUCACGAGCUCAGGCGGAAUGAAUGUGUUUGGAAAUGACGGAGACAGACAGCGCGGUGACUGAAGCUGGACGCUUUGUCAGUGAGAACAACAGAAAAAUGGACGUGUCAAAGAGGAUCAUCAGAAAUCUGGAACCAGCAAGACCACUGCGCCGUAUUAACAUGAAUCAAGUGCCUCAAAGCUAUGCUGAGAUUAAGCCAGUAGAAAAGCCAGACAACAUCAUUAAAGUGGAGAAUUUCUAUGAAAUCCUGCAUCUUCAAAGCACCAGCACCCAACCAAAGAAGAAAGGCAUGUGUCCACCUCAAUACACUUUUCAAAAUAAAGUUGAAAGAAUUUGCUACACUCGGGACUUCCUCCUCAAGAUGGCAAGUUGUCCAAUGGCUAAGAAGAAACCUGAGUUUUUACCAGAACAUCCAAUCGUUUUGGAGAAUGGAAGAACCAAUGACGUGCCCAGAAACUUUAUCACCAACCACAACAACAACAACAACAACAACGGCGAGAACAUGGCUGUCUAAUAUGGAAUUUCGUCUUUUUUUUUUUUUUUUAACAAUGGUCUAAAACUGCACUGCAAGGAAACCAGAGUGGAAAGUGUUAAAAAUAUAUUUUUUAUUUUCAUCACAAGUUAAUUUAAUAACUUUCAUUGUUAUAAAACGUAAAAAAAAAAAAAACCUUUUCGCUUAAGCUUUAGAAUAAAAACUGAGGUCUUGUAAAGAAAAAAAAAUGCUCUCAUUGAAUUCUGAACACAUAAUGUGUCUUCUAUGUAGAUGUUGCAAUGCUUGUUCCUAACCAGUCCACAGUACAGAGUGUUAAUGAUACUAACAGGAUUGAUGCCUUUUGAUCCUUGCAAAAGAUUCCACUCACUGUUUUUCCUUUCUUGACCAUACCCUUUCAUUUUACUAUAUUACCUUUCAUUUUACCUUGUGAUGUCAAACUCAGGCUUGUGAUCCUUGCCUAAUGUAGGUUGUGUUACUACACUACACUAAAACGGAUGUUCUAGUUUCAUGAUCUGCUGUGUUAAAAUUUAAUUAUUGUGGAUAUUUGGACUUGAAGUGUUUAAGAUUGAAGUGAAGUGCACCUUAAAUUAUAGACUGACUUCUGGCAAAUUCAUACGUCUGAGUUGGUCAUUAGUGAAUCAGAUUGGGAAUGUGUUCACUUUUUGCCUAACUGUAUUAACACUGAAUAUUAUAGGGAGAAUGAGGCUGGCAAGCAAAACAGAAAAGCCACUGUCUUUAGACAAUUAUUGAGCCUGUGGAUGGGUAAUAAGCUUUUUUAAAGGUACAGUAAGUUAUUUUCACUUUCUUGCAAGCGUAGCAUUUGAAAAUAGAUCUGUUUUGUUUACAUAUGCCUGUGUUUGAAAUGUUUUAAUUCAUUGCUGUGAAGUGGAUUGGAGCACAGAAUAAGUGUUUGUUACAGUACUGCAGCCCUUUCACUAUUAUAAUAUUGUCUUAUUAGAGGUUACUAGAAAAAUGGUAAAAUAAUCAACCACUCUGGAUCCUAUGCAAGGAUUUUUUCCCCCAUGAUUUGCACAUCUGGGCAGAGGCAAUAUUUGCUUUUUGUGUCACGCUGUAAACUCAUUGUGUCACGCUGUAAACUCACUGUGAACUCAUUGUCUUAACUUGAAAUUGGAUUUAUUCCUCUAAAUUCAUUACACUCAGUAAAAGAACAUUUGUUUUA